AUGGCGGCAACGAACACCGCAUCGAGCGAUGCACCGAGCAGCGUUGCAAACGGCGACGUGCAAAGCCCUCUGCGGGGCAAGGAGACUCUCCUACAGUCCAAGGACCACCGCGACCUUCUCGAUGUCAUUGAUCGUCUGCGGUUGCAAGGAUUAAGUCGAUAUGUUGAUCUGCCCCAGAUCAUCGUUUGCGGAGAGCAGUCAUCUGGCAAGAGCUCGGCCCUCGAAGCCAUCUCGGAAAACGCUUAUGAAGUUCAAAUACACUGGCAUACUCCGUUGGACCUUGGCCAGGUUGUUGAACAAGCCAAGAAUUCCAUGGGCUUGAACGGAACCAACAAGGUUUUCAGUACCGACGUUCUUCGUGUGGAGGUAUCAGGGCCAUCACAACCGCAUCUCACCAUGGUUGACCUUCCCGGCUUGUUCCUUGCCGGCAACAAGGACCAAUCGGAGGAAGAUGCUGCGCUUGUCAACAACCUUGUAUUGUCGUACAUGAAGAACCCCCGCACCAUCAUCCUCGCCGUCGUCUCGGCCAAGAACGACUUCGCCCUUCAACAAGUCACACUGCACGCCAGGGCUCUGGAUCCCAACGGUAUUCGUACCCUCGGUCUCAUCACCAAGCCGGAUACUUUAGACCAAGGAUCCGAUAGCGAACGGUGCUUAAAGCCGUCGCAACUCGGCGUCGCCACUCUCCGUGUGCGCUUGAGUCACGUCUUGCGGGAUCAGAUCCUUUGGCAGCUCCCCAGCGUCAUCGAGAACGUCAGCGCCGGGAUUGUUGAGUGCAAGCACACCUUGGAAAAGCUGGGGGCUUCCAGAGCCACUGUUUCAGAGCAGCGCGGUUACCUUCUGAAGAUCAGCGCUGGGUUCUCGGAGCUUGUGAAGGCAGCCGUCGAUGGCGUGUAUACCAAUGUUUUCUUCAAGGCGUCCAAGGACAGGCGCCUUCGCGCCGUCAUUCAGAACACCUUGUCCGACUUUGCCCAGGACAUGCGUCUCAAAGGUCACGCCACCACGAUUGUCGAUGGGCCCACCGCUAAGAAGCCUGGUGAUGGAUGCCAGUCAGAUUCCAUUUCUCGGUCGGAUUACGUUGCCCAGGUCAAGGAACUGAUGAUGGAGAGCCAGGGCCGCGAACUUCCUGGCACCUAUAAUCCGCUCAUUGUCGCCGAGCUUUUCAGCAACCAGUGCAAGCCCUGGCAGGGCAUGAUGCGCAACCUUCUCGAGCGCACCUUCCAGUCAGCCACUAGGAUGGUCGAGAAUGCUCUCCAUUAUGUUGCUGAUGGGGAGACUACCGAGUCACUCCUCCGCGCUGUCGUCAAGCCCUCGAUGGAAAUCAUCAAGAGGGGGUUGAGCAACAAGGCGGAUGAGAUUUUGGAGCCACACCUCUCAGGCCAUCCCAUCACGUACAAUCACUAUCUCACCGAGAAUGUGCAGAAAGCACAGGCCCAGCGUAGACGCCACCAAAUGGAGGCCCGCCUAAAGUCGUUCUUCUCUUCUAGCCAAAUCCCCGCUAGCAUGACGAGCCACACGUUUAAUAUGCGUUCUUUGCUGAACGACUUGACCACCAACACAGAGCCCGACAUGGAUACGUAUUCCUGCACGAUGGCAGUGGAUACAAUGGAGGCAUACUACAAGGUGAGAUCUCCCCCUGUGGCAAUUCACACUGGUGGUCGAACGAUGUGUCACGGUUAUGGUCGCGUACCACACCCCGAUGAGGGCACGCGCGGGAAGCGUUCCCAGCCAAUCAUUAAGAAUGGGUCUCAGACCAAUCAGCAGAGGAACGAAGGGAACGGCUACCGUUCCCAGGAUCCAGUCUGGAACGAGAGGAACGAUCACCGUUCCUCACGUUCCCAGCAAAAGAAGCUCUCGGCAAUCCUCUCCCCAGAAAUUGUGUGCGAGCUCACCGAUGAUGCCGUCCAGCGCAUCGCGAGCGAGAGCCCAGAGUCGGUGGCUGAGCGGACUCAGGCUGCCGAGAAGCUGGCCGUGUUGGAGGACGCCAUGUUCGAGCUGAAGCGGCUAGGGAUGCAUGCCACGCCAGCGACUGAUGAUGCAGUUGCGGUUUGA